AUGCACAAGGAUAUGUUUUGUGCAAGGGGAUUGAAGGAAAUCCUGCAAAGAGCGUCAUAUUUCUUUGCAAGAUAUUCGUGGUCUGAGCGGAACCAAAAGAACACACACCGUGUCAAUCAUAUUGUUGCAGAUACUACUCAAGGCAUUAUCAUCUUUGUUAUCUAUGACUCGUCUAUGAAUAACUAUGAAUUCAUAUGUUAUAGACUCCACGACCCAUUUGACUAUCUAACUAUUGACAGAUCUUGUAUUUUGGAUGAGGCUGCUCCCAAUAUAGUAUUGCUAGCAUAUAUAUGCAGAUCAUAUAUUACACACUGUCAAGAAGAUGGAAUCACAUAUUCCAACACCUAUCUUUCUAGCCCUAAUUUUGUCCUAGAAAUUAUAGAUGCAAAUAAACGCGGCAUUUCCUCUGUGACAACUGAUCGGGAGCCACUACCAAUCUCAGAAGGCAGUCUUGAGCCUAGCUCUUGGCUGUCUUACCAGCCAUCAUUUCGACUCCCUUUCAUAUUCGCGUCUGCAACUAUGCUAGCAUCAACAUCAGAAACUGAAAACAGAAGAAUGACACAGUGUGAGUUCCAGUCUGCCUUCUUGAGAAAUUCUGAGAGACAGACUGCUAUCUUUGAUGAGGUCAUUACCUCCAUAAGUUUGCAGCUAGAAAAGAUAAAAGAUGUCUUCGUCUACUCAGUAGAGUGCCAGUAUAUACAUGCUGUGUCAUUUUGGGGAGGCAUGUUGCUUGGACAGGACAUCAAGAGACAACAAUGCAUGGGAAGACGUCCUCGCAAGAAAGUAGAUUUUCAGAGUCAAUUUUCUCAGCAGAGAAAUAAUUGCAAGAGAAGAAAGAGAAGCAAAAUGCAAAUUAUUGGCCUUUCUUAA